AAGAAAAUUGUAUGACAAUGUCUUUAAGAUAAGAUAGUUUUCUGCAUGCAGAAAAAUAACUUUUCUUCACUUAAAAACCUAUAAAAUAAUCUACCCUCCAAAGACACUGUCAUUAGUGUUAUAGAAAACAUCUUUCAAACAUGGAUUUCAAAACUUAAAUAUAUGGCAGAUGAGAAUUAUUUUUUCACAACAAUGAUAGACACGUAGAAUUCUACACAGUUUUUAAAUGUUGGUCUACACAUCAUCUUUAGUAAAUGAGAAGCAUCUCGCUAAACAAAUCCGAAUUAAAGUCUAAAUUGCCCUAAACUGUUCUUCAAUCUACACAACACUAAUGGCUGAUCAAAAUGUUACUAAACCCUUCUCAUACGCCCACAUACGAAAUGGCAGACGAGAAGUAUCCUAGACAUUUGUCGAAUGUACACAUCACAGAUAUCAAACAGGUUCUCUCCAUUCUUCCUCCGCAUGUUAUUCAUCUGAGUAAAUCAGAAUGUAGCUCGGAGACUCUGAAAUCUGAUCCCGCCGUGGUCGACUUUUUAACUCAUCUUGGCGCCAAUCUCUUUGCACAUUCUAAUGUUAGUCGCAGUGUGUCUCAUAAACGUCAAUCCUUCUCUAAUUUAGCUACCAAGUCAUUUAGUUUAAAUGAAGACGAGAACCCAGUUUCAGAGAACAGUCUCGUUAAUACAGUCGAAAGGAAACCCAAGGAAGCUAUACAUGUCAGAUCUAUGAAUACCAACACUGUUGCUACCUCAAUGCCAAGUCAUAAAAUUUUAGUAAAGCAAGAUUUGUUCAAGUUAAAUAACAGGGAUAACAGUGAACAGAAAGAAAAAUUAUUUCAAGAAAAACGUUGUGAAUUAACAAAAGAGAAGGAGCGAUUGCGCCAGAAAUGCAUGCAAAGAGCAUUAAAUCAAACCAAUAUGAUAAAGAACGUUUCGGUGCGUGUCGUAAAAGAAACCCAACUCAACCUUGACUAUUCCAUGCGUAGGUCGCUAUGGUUAUCAAAAGACAAAAUGACCUAUAUUUCUGAUAUUCCUAUCAUCGUCGUUGGUGCAGGACUAGCAGGUCUUAGCGCAGCUCAUCAGCUUUUAACUUUUGGUUUCAAAAACGUAAUUGUUUUGGAAGCAUCAAAUAGAGUGGGAGGAAGAAUACACACACUUCAUGUUAACGACACAGACACAAUUGAACUGGGCGCACCGGGCCUUGACCUGCCAGUCGACAACAAAGAGAUUUUCAAAAAGGCUGCUGAAUUAGGAUUAGCUGACUCGUGUUAUCAGGAGCCUACUCCUCGAUUAGUCAUAAAAUUUCCAUCUAGUGAUGGAAGAUGUGAUGUUUCUGCUAGGUCCAUUCGCUUGUUUGAACAGUUACAUAGAGAUAUCAAGCUACUAACUACGAUGUCCUCUAACUGUAUUGACCUAUCAUACGACAGCUACUUUGCGGAAAGAUACAGGCGCAUAACAAAAAGUGUCAAGAUCAUAGCGCAGUCUGAACAUUCAAUGGUCGAUUAUCUCAAAUCUUUGAGUGAUAAUGGUAAAUAUUUUAUCGGUGAUAGUGUUGGAAAUUCUGCUGUACAAAGACUUAAUGAACCAAUUAUCAAGACACACUUGAAGUUUUCAAAUGGAGCAGUUGCAUUAAUUGACAUGUUGACAAAACAUUUCCCACCGCAUACAAUACAUUACAACAGCGAAGUUCGACAUAUUGAUUGGAGCAAUAUUAAAAAACAAGCGGAUCCAAGGAUUAGAAUAACCUGCACGAAUGGAGACGUCUAUUUAGCAUCACAUGUCAUAGUAGCUAUACCUGUUGGUUAUUUGAAAGAAUCUGCUCACUUAAUGUUUCAGCCAUCGCUACCAACAGCUAAAUUAAAUGCUAUUCAGAAAGUGGGUUUCGGAACAGUUUCUAAAGCUUUUUUUCUUUAUGACUCACCACUGAGCUCAAUUAAUUUCAUUGUCGCAGACACAUUUGAAACUGCUAUUCAUAUUCAAAGUAAUGGAACUAAUAUUUUGGAAAUAACAGCAGUUGGAUCUUUUUUAGAAGAAAUUGCAGAGCCAAAUUUAAUUCAAACAGUUACAGAAAUCAUGCGCAACAAUUAUAACCCCGACUGGCUUCAACCCGUUCGCGUCAUUAGAACAUCGUGGACGAAUAACCCACUUUAUCGAGGCAGCCACCCGUAUUUCCCUACUCAGUGGAAUCAGAGUCAGUUGUAUGAACUAAGUCGGCCGAUUCUCUCACAGUCUAGAGUCCCGUUAGUACAGUUUGCUGGCGACUACACUCAUGAGAGCUUGCAAUGCUUGGUAGAAGCAGCUUAUUAUAGUGGCGUCAGAGAAGCUAGACGUUUGCAUAAUGUUUAUGACAGAUAUUACGGCUACGAAAAUACUCGUGUCUGAUUAAAGUCAUUAGUUUAUAUACACAUUACUAUACAAUGCUAUUAGAAACUUGUACGUAUUUCUAAUUGAUUAUAAUCAAAGGAAAAAGAUCGUUGCCCUAUGUCGUAGGCCUAUAAUGCCACUGAACUGAAUAAUCACAAAUUAUAACAUAUAAUUUCCUUAAAUUUUGUGCUGAAAAAAAGUGCCUUGAUAUAAGAUACGUAGCCGGCUAAUUUUCGUGGCUAGUUCUUAAUUAACUGAUAAGUAUUAAACUCAUGUAUAUUAAUGCAGUAACAUCCUCCAGUUAAUAAAGACAUUCAUUUCAUAA